UCCAUGGGGUCGCAAAGAGUCAGAAACGACAGCAACUGAACUGACCUGAACCUCAGAUGUUACUCUGGAUCCCCACACUCCACCCUGCCACCACCAAUACCUUGAGAAACACUGGUUUGGCGCAUAGAAAGUACCAUCAUUAUUUUAAUUCUGUUUCAACAUUUAUCAUUUGAGGGGAAAAAAUUGAGUUAGAGGAGAGACGUUCUAUUGACUUUUGAAAAUAGGAACGUAACUAAACUUGGUUUAGUAACUAAACCAACAUAACUAAACUUGGUUUCCAAGGUUUAGAACGUAGCUAAACUUGGGUUUCCAAGGUGCGGGGAAGGAGGGCUGUGUGGAAACCGUUUCUUCCAUCAUCAUCCCUGGAAACAGGCACAGUUUCUCCUCCUCCCCUUUGGAAAUUAAUCUAUGUUUACUGUCCAGCAUACAUUACUAAAGUGAUCUACAACCUCUAUCUAAUAACAUAGAUCAGUAAGGAGAACCACCUGAGAAAUUAACCUGGGGCAAGUCCUCAGGCAAUUUUCCAUUUUCUUGUUCCCCAGAAUGUAGCAAAAAAAAAUUUUUGGCAGAGGGGGGCACGGCACAGCUGUGCUCUGACAGGCUUCUCAAGUUGUGGCACGCACUUGGGAUGUUGGUUCCCUGACCAGGAAUCAAACCCAUGUCCCCUGCAUUGGCAGGUGGAUUCUUAACCACUGGACCACCAGGGAAGAUCCUGCAGCAAACAUUGAGCAGACACUAGGCUGAAGUCCAAAGGGUUCCGAAGUGCACUUUGUUGGGCAACACAAUCCUCACCUUCAAGGACUCCGGGUCUGAUCGGGGACACAGACAAGAAAGGCAGGCCGGUGCCACUCGGGGUCCUGUGUGGGCAUGGGCCCCAGGCCUCCGGGAUGAGCAGAGGCUAGCUCAGAUCAGAAACUCAGAUCAGAGACUAGAGGUGACGAUGGCCUGAAUUAGAACAGACAUGAGGUGGGGAGAGCAAAAAUGAGGGGCUUGGGGGAUUUCAGAGACAUUUCAGAGGGAGAAUUCACAGGACCUGAAUUCUCCUUGUGGGGUCAGGAUCUAUAGAGUUCUGCGAAUCUACAGAGUUACCAGCUGUGCCAGGCGACAGGGAACCAGGAGGUGGAGCAGGUAUGUGAGGGAAAGAUGAGGACGCUAGCUGUGGGCGGGGUGAGGCCGGGGGCCUGGGACACAUCCUGCUGGGAAGAGAUCAGGGUUGUAGGUGAUGAUACGGGAGCCCUCAGGCGAAACGGUGAGUGGGUGAGAAAACUCCAGGAGAAGUGUAGAGAGAGGGACCUGGACAGGAUCCUGAGAAACACCAGUAUCUAGUGGACACACGGAAGAAGAGAAGCCCGCGCAGGGUGCGGGGGAGAGUCUGGUGGGCUCACCAGAGAAGGAAGGAGGGUAUCCGGGUGGAAGGAGGGGGACACAGGGACAGACGGCAGUGGCUGGGACAUCUGGAUUUAGCAGCACAAAGGGCCGUGACUCCAGGUGGCUGAGGAAGAAACGCAGGAAGUGAUGACAGCUCUCUGAGGAAUUUAUAGUCUGAAGCGCAGGGGAGAGGCAACAGGAGUGGAAAGGAGACUGAGAGAAAGAUGGGUGUCAGCAGGGUCGGGGGAGUGCUGGGGACUGAGUGAGGAGGAGGGUCAGAAAGCAGGGUAUCUGAAUUUAAGAGUUCACACUGGGAAUUCCCCAGCAGUCCAGUAGUUAGGACUCGGCGCUUUCGCUGCCAGGGUCCCGCGUUCGAUCCUCGGAAGUUCACAGAGGGUGAUAAGUGCUGGGCUUUAGGAGUGAAUGGUCAAGGGGACAGACCUUGUCUCCAUGUCAGGGAGAUACACUGUCCACGCCAGCUGGGAGGCCAUCCUGGCUAGGAGCUGGGGGAGGGAGGAAGACAGCAAGGAUCACAGUGUUCACAGAAAGAAGGGUCACAGUGGGGGUCACAGAGGAUGAGGUCACCAGCAUGGGGAUGACCUCUGGGAUGCGCCUCCCAGAGUUGCCUUUUUCAAAUGUGGGGUGGCCAAGGCCUCAGCAAAGGAGGUGACUUGCCAGACCACCAGCCAGGGGAGUGUCAGCACAGACUGGAACCCAAACCUCCCCGCUGAGCGGCUAGUACUAUGCACCUUGACCUGAACCACCUCAGCCUCUGCGUAACCCCCACUCAGCAACCUGGGCACCUGAGUGCGCUCUGCAACUUGAGUUACCCAUAUGCACUUCCUGAAAAGACCGUUCCUGUUUGAAUGUCUGGGUUACAAAACCGGAGAGUUCACCGUUCCCAGUGAGAGGUUCCCUGCAGCCUGGAACGGAAGCAGCCAGAGGCACUGCGGAAACUUCUCCCCCAGCGCUCUGCCCACCAAGCAUGCCGCACUCGGCCUGGCCCCCACCAUGAGCGCCGAGCUCAACGUGCCUGUGGACCCCUCCGCUCCCGCCUGCUCGGAACCCGGCCAUAAGGGCAUGGAUUACCGGGACUGGGUCCGCCGCAGCUACCUGGAACUGGUCACCUCCAACCACCACUCUGUACAGGCGCUCUCCUGGAGGAAGCUCUACCUGAGCAGGGCCAAGCUAAAGGCCUCCAGCCGGACGUCAGCGCUCCUCUCGGGCUUUGCCAUGGUGGCCAUGGUGGAGGUGCAGCUGGAGACGCAAUACCAGUACCCGCGGCCGCUGCUUAUCGCCUUCAGCGCCUGCACCACGGUGCUGGUGGCCGUGCACCUGUUCGCCCUGCUCAUUAGCACGUGCAUCCUGCCCAACGUGGAGGCCGUGAGCAACAUCCACAACCUCAACUCCAUCAGCGAGUCUCCGCACGAGCGCAUGCACCCCUACAUCGAGCUGGCCUGGGGCUUCUCCACCGUGCUGGGCAUCCUGCUCUUCCUGGCCGAGGUCGUGCUGCUCUGCUGGAUCAAGUUCCUGCCCGUGGAUGCGCGCCACCAGCCGGGCCCCCCGCCCGGCCCCGGCGGCCACACGGGCUGGCAGGCUGCCCUGGUGUCCACCAUCAUCAUGGUGCCCGUGGGCCUCAUCUUCGUGGUCUUCACCAUCCACUUCUAUCGCUCGCUGGUGCGCCAUAAGACCGAGCGGCACAACCGCGAGAUUGAGGAGCUGCACAAGCUCAAGGUGCAGCUGGACGGGCACGAGCGCAGCCUGCAGGUGGUGUGAGCGCAUGCGCUCCCAGGCGCGGCCGCCGCUGCGUCUGCGUCACUUGGCGUGGACCGGAACUCGCCUGCCUCCUGGACAGUUUCAGACACGCGGAGGGCCCAUAGGGCCACCGAGUCACUCCCAGACGGUUCGAGACCAAAGUUCUACUCCUGUCUUAAUGCUGUUAAGACCUGGCUCGUUUUCCCUCGGAAGAUGGACCUCUUCAGUUAAAGGGGAGACUGAUGGCCAAGAGCUGAGGGCAAAGAAAGACUGAGUCCUUGGCCCUGGGGACUUCCAGAGGCAAGGAGGCCGGGCUCUGGGUUGUAAGGGGUGGUCACGGGUCCCCUUGGAGACUUGGACUAAGUGACCAGCUUGGGGCGGGAGCCUGGCAGGGGCCUAUAGAGUCAGGGCAGCAUCCUGAGUUCAGGGAAGGGAUUGUACCCUGAUUCCGGAGCUGGGCUGGUGGCAGCCCGGGGGCAUGAGUGAUGAUACCACCCUGCUAUGAAUAGAUGGGGCGCAGGAUUAACAGCUUGGCCUGGUGCUUCCCUCCCUGCCCUGGAGGGAGUUGGGUGGCCUGGCUCCUGGGGCAGGUGAGGGCGGGGAGGCAGGAACCUGGGUAGAGCAAGUCAAUACAGCAAGUGCAUCAGACUAGUUAGGUCUUGGAUGAGAUGUCCAAGGUCUGAGGCCAGCGGGGUCGGGAGGCCUAUCUCUGGGCAUCCCAGGUGAGGUGCCCACUUGAGGGGGCUAACAGGGAUGGCCUGAAGCAGCCUGAGCUCAAAUUCUCUCUUCCCAGACAGCAGGAUCCCUGGCCACACUGACCCAGCGAGGCCGCCAGGUUGGGGAAGAGGCCCACAGUCCAGAGACGUCCUCUCAACCCCAGAUGGUCCCCUGAGCUGUCAGCCCUCCGAGCUGUGAAUACGGAGGGCAGGACACUGGCCAGGCAGCUGAACUCACCCAUCUCCCUGCUGCCUGUGGCCCCGGCUGUGGGAGGGGGUGGCCUGGGGGACUUCCUGUCUAGACAAGGCCGUGGCCUGGCCUGGUCCGUGGGUGGUGGUGUCAGAGGCCAGCCCUGGCCACAUGUGGGUUCUGCUUAUGACAGCAGGGAGACUGAGGUCCCGUGUAGCGCUCCCUGGGGGCCCCCCAGGUCUUCCAGCCACACCCACAGGCCCAGCUCAUACUUCUACACAGCCGUGCACAGGUGUGGGUUCUGGUGUUUUCAAGAAGGGCAUCUGGUAGACCUCAGCCCAUGUCCUGGGGUAGAACUCAUACAUGCUACAGCUCAGCUUAUCUGUGAGCUUGCUGUGCUCUGAGCUGCUUUUAAGAACCACAUGUACCAUACUGGCCAGCAGCCAUCAGAAAGGGGUGCCUUUUCUUUUGUUUCCACAGUCAUCAGACUUCAUGUUCCGAUGGCAUUUCUGUCCACAGCCUAGUAGCUCUGUGAUGUCUGGGUUGUGAGUGCCAAGAAAUGCUGGUGGGCCUUCCAAGGUUUCUGAGACUGUGACAUACUGUUGAGAAUGUAAACCUUAACAUAUCACUCUGAAAUGCUGAGUACCACCAGUGCAAGUCGUGGCAUUUACGGGGAGCCUGGACGUCGUGUCCUGCGGGGCCAGAGGUGAGCCCUGGCGCCUUCUGAAGGGCGUGUCCCUCAUGCUGACAUCCUCUGCCGACAUCGGUCGUGACUUGCUUGCAUCCUGGCGCAUGUCUCCUUUCCUCUCCUGGAGCCUUGUUGAAAAGGCUCGUCUGUCUCCUUUCCUCUCCUGGAGCCUUGUUGAAAAGGCUCGUCUGGUUUAAUGUGUUUGCUUUGUGCAAGAAUGUCAGUGUCACUGCAAGACCGCGACAGUGUGUCCUGGUAGGGACCAGACAGGCUGGCUCCUCCCCACUGCUGGAAGCAGGCAGCAGCCCCUUCCUCUAGUCUGAGCCUUUUGAGAGGGGCCUCACGGGGCUGACUGCGACCCGCUUCACUGGGCCGCCUGGUGCCCCCUCCCGUGAGCCAGGCCCAUGGCGUGCCCAGCUUCCCAAAUCAUGGCAAGCACACCCCAGGUGUCAGCCAGGAGCCCACUGUUAACGCCUGGCCCGUGGCGGUGGUGGGAGGGGGGGCUUCCUAACCUGGCCACAUCAGGGUCGGACACUAGGUGCCAGGGACAGUGCCACACGGGUAGGGAAGAUGCCACAUGACAUAUUUUAGACACUGAUUAGGAGAACAAUGUUCUUGUAAUUUAUUUUCAUCCAGCGAGUUUUCUUGGCUCCAGCCUUUCUAGUUCCCAGAGGUGUGGGGCAAACAGUUUCUGUGAGAACAGAGAUGACGGUGGGUUGGGGACUGGCGAUGGGGGUCCCCUCAGGGCAGCCCAGAGCGUCCUCUGGGGCUGGAGAGUAAGCUACUAUUUGGAGCUGCAGCAGGGCAGUCUCGGAAGGAGAGGGAAGCAUAUUUACAGGCUAGAAAUUCGGUUUCUGGAGGUUUAACCUGAUUGUGAAGAGGGUUCUGAGUACAGUGGCCUCUCCAUGGUGAGAAGAGCCAGUGUGGGCUUGCCCUAUUUUCCUCUGAAAGGAGCCUUCCUGGUGCUCAUAAAACAAAUGCCCGCAGAUACACAGAGGCCGUUUCCAAAGUGGAACACAAUCUCCAUUUAGUACCUGACCAGAAGCAAACGCAAGGGUUUCUAUUUUGGACAAACUGCCAGGGCAGAAUGUAUUUCAGUGUCUUCUAGGGAAAUCCGUGCAGGACAAAACCACGCAAGCCUGAGUGGAUUGAGGCUCAUUUACAGACCUUAUCUGUCUUCUGCUGAGAAAUGCACUACGCAUGAUGUCAUGGAGACCACAUGUGGUGUAUGCAACCCCCCCCCCCAUCCUGUAUAUGGAGUUUUUAAAAACAGUUGCCCUGGAGUGAACUGAAUAAAUAAAGCUAUAACCUGC